AAUAACACGGUCUCGAUUAUUGUCACUGCUCAGUGGUCACUCACUCACCCCUUCCUUUCUAACUCCUCAAAUUGUGUGUUCUGAGAAUGGAAAUGCCUCCUUCUCCAUCGGGGCAUUCCGCACUCUCCAUCCCAUAAAAGUCCCAGAUCCAAGAUGGCUUACCACCAUCAAAAAUCCCUUUUGGACACCCUAUACUGCUCCGAAGAGCAUUGGAUAGGGGAAGGUGAAUUUGACCAAGCAGAGGAGGAGUACGGUAACAGUAAUAGCAAUAGUAGCAGCACCUUAGUAAACAACUCCCCUGAGUCCUCCCCUCAUUUGUUGCUCGAAAGCGACAUGUUUUGGGACGAACAAGAGUUGGCAUCGCUGUUGGAGAAAGAACAACACAACCCACUAAGCACUUGCUGUCUCCAAAGCAACCCUGCCUUGGAGGGUGCUCGCAUAGAAGCCGUGGAGUGGAUUCUCAAAGUAAACGCCCACUACUCCUUCUCUGCCCUCACCGCUGUUCUUGCUGUCAACUACUUUGACCGUUUUCUCUUCAGCUUCCGCUUUCAGAAUGACAUUAAGCCAUGGAUGACUCGGCUCGCUGCCGUCGCUUGCCUCUCCCUCGCUGCCAAAGUGGACGAGACACACGUUCCCUUUCUUAUUGACCUUCAACAAGUGGAGGAGAGUAGAUACUUGUUCGAAGCCAAGACGAUUAAAAAGAUGGAGAUUUUGAUCCUUUCCACUCUUGGAUGGAAGAUGAACCCUCCAACCUCUCUCUCUUUUCUUGAUUACUUCACAAGAAGACUUGGAUUGAAGGAUCAUCUCUUCUGGGAGUUCCUCACUAAGUCUGAAGGCGUUCUUCUCUCCCUCAUUGGAGAUUCGAGGUUCAUGAGUUAUCUACCUUCUGUGUUGGCAACUGCUACGAUGAUGCAAGUUCUGAAAAGCGUAGAGCCUAGUCUAGAAGCUGAAUACAAGAGCCAGCUAUUUGGUAUUCUCAGAAUCGACAAGGAGAAGGUGAAUUCGUGUUGCAAGCUGAUGCUGGAAUUGUGGUCAGAGUUCGAGGGGAAGCAAUGCAUGAAACGCAAGUUUGGAAUAGGGUGGAUUCCUGGAAGCCCAAACGGCGUGAUGGAUGUGUCGUUUAGCUGUGAUAGUAGCUCCAAUGACUCUUGGGUCUCUUCCUCACCGGAACCAUUGUCAAAGAAGAGUAGGAGUGAAAAAUAG